AUGGCAGAGUUCCUGCAAAUUCAGAAUUCUACCUCGCUUCCGGCAGAAUUGAAUAAUGAGACGGAAUUGAAUGUAGAAAAGUACGUAGACUAUUCAAGUUCGAAACGUUGUACUGGUUACUCACCCUCAUGCUUCGCCUCCACCUCCCACUCUCCUCUUACGGUGUAUGCUAUGAGGAGCAGUGGACGU